AUGGCAGCCCUCCGGCAGCUGAUCUCACUGAUCCUGCUCUCUGUCAACUUCCUGGACUUGUCACGUGCUGGCACGCGCAUGUUGGAGCCUCCUUCUCGUGCGUCGCUAUGGAGAUACGGGUACAACACGCCAAGAAAUAACUGGGACGAUAUGACGGAUUGUGGCGGGUACGAGAGACAUCACAUCAAGAACGGAGGAAACUGUGGGGUCUGCGGGGAUGCCAGCGACGAACCCACACCCCGUAGACAUGAAGCAGGAGGCGAGUUGUCUCCCAACCCUACACCAGUGAAAGCUUUUGAGACAGGAAGUUACCUCACGGUUGUCAUGGAGACGUCAUCAAGCUUGUUUGGACAUUUCGAGUUCCGACUGUGUAACAUCUCCCACAACAUGGAGACCCCGAGUCAGAACUGCUUCGACCAGACCCAGCUGACUAUCCUAGAGUCAGAACUCGGCACAGAGUACCAGAUUGGCUCCAGACAAGGGAUUCAUGUGCUGAACCUUCGGCUGCCAACUGGCGUAGUCUGUAGCCAUUGUAUCGUACAGUGGACUCACAAAACAGGUUUCACAACCAAUCAGGAGUCGUGUCUCACAUGUCCUGGGGGAGAGUCCAAGUGUCGGGCCUGCAAGGGGUGUGGCAACCAG